CCCACUGGCAGCGGGGGAGGGGCACUAUUUGGAGGGCCUUUGCUUAACUGGAAAAACGCACCAUUUUUUUCCGUGGGAGAGGUGGUGGUGUGUGGGAAGCGCACCUUGUUGUCUGGGCAGAAGGAAGAUGGAGCAGGUGGAAUGAGGUUGGAGAGGAAGGUCAGGGCCAGGCUUGGACAGGCCAUCACACACCAGGCAAGAAAUUGGGUCUUCCUAUAGGAGGGAACCUGCGUCAAACCUCUUCUCCCAACCGCCUGGUGGAGGGUGGGGCCAGUAAUGUUGCUAAAGGAGACCCCAGUGAGGGACAGGGGGAAGUUGAGGUAAUGCAGGGGGCUCAGGGAGGCUCUGGUGUAAUGUGACCUGGCCGGGGGGCAUCUCAGAGGCAAGUAACUCAGGCUUGCAGUUAGAGUCUGGUGAAACCAGGAUGCUAAGGCAGGUUUGUGGGAGAUGGUUUGUCUGGACCAGGAAGGCGGAGACAGGUGGAGUCAGUGUGGGCUUAGAGCGGGGGCCAAGGGCCCUGGGAUGGAGAUGGGUAGGCCUAGCCAGUGGGCUGCUUUCCUAGAACAGUGGGGCUCCUGCACACAAUGCAGGGCUCCUGUAGCUUGCCUCAGGCCUGUGAAGAGACUGUCACCAGCAAAGUCUCACAUUUAUUCAGCAGACAUUUCUCAGCACCCACCAGGUCCUUGGGGCUGGAGAUCCUGCAGGGAACCAAUCAGUCCUGCCUGGGAGCCUGCACUUAGUGUAACAGGUCCCAGGCUUUGCCACCUCGCUAAAAUCCCUCUGUCCAGCUUGGGGGUAGCCAGGUCUUGAAGCCCCUGGGCAAGAUAGGUUGUGCUAAGUUUCAGGGAGCGACAUGGGGAAAUCCCUGAGAUCCCCCUAAUGGAAUCUGAGUGGGCUGGGGCUACGACUGGUCUGGGCUAUUGGAGGGAGAGGUAGUAGGGGGUAGGGGAGGCGGCGGCCAGGUUGGGGUACAGUGGCCAAGACUUCCGAGGACCUGCUGUGUGCGAGACCUUGGGCACAUGACGCGUGCCUUACUCACACCUGAGGGAAUGGCAGCACAGUCUAGGUGACAUGUCUACCUAGCAAGAGUCAGUCGGCAUUGCAGCUGAGAUCUGAUCCAAAGGUCUGUGCCCUUAACACGUGGGUGACGCUAGAGAGAGAUGAGGUUGGGCACCUGUUGGCCAACAUGAGUAGAAUAAACAAAAAACAAACCUCAGCAGGAGGCGCUGACCUAGCCUGGAGUGGUGUGUGGCUGAGCCUGGAACUAUGCCCUUUGUGAGGCGGCCUAAGAGUCAGGUUCUGGCCUUCUGUGGGGGAGGGGCAGGCAGGAGUCGGCUCAGGGACUUGAGCAGAUGCUUCUCACCAUGCUGGGAGCUCUGUACCCCAGGGCCCGGCUGAACCUCUUCACUCUCUACCUGGUUCUAGCAGCUGGAAUCCUCCGUCCUCAGCCACUGAGGUCUGAACAGUCUGUUCCGGAGGAAUUUUCAGCCCCCCUGGAACUCUCAGAGCCACUUUCUGGCCUGAUGGACGACUAUGGGAUCCGACCCAAGCACCCAUGGCCACGAGGGCCGCGGCCACUCCUCUCCCAGGCCCAGCAGCGCAAGCGGGAUGGGCCAGACAUGGCUGAGUAUUACUACGACACACAGCUGUGAUGCGACCCCCUUAUAA